GGAAGAGUUAUUUUAUUUUUCUUUUCUUAAAAAAAAGAAAAGAAAAGCAAUAAACCAAAGAACACGCUUUCCCAAGGAUGUGCUUAGCUAGCUUUGUAAAAAGCAAGUGUUGAGGCCACUCAUCAUCAUCAUCAUCAUUUUCCAAUAACCAAAUUAAAAGAAAGAAUGGCAUGUUAUUGCUCUAAAGAAGAAGAAGCUCUUCUUAGGCUCUUCUACAAUACCUCAUCUUCAUUCAAACUCUUCUUCAUUUUCUCAUCACUCUCUUUCAUUUUCCUCACCAAAAUUUUCCACUUCAUUGGAACCAAUCCAAUUUUCCCAAGAAGCCAAUACAGUAAUCAUGAGUACACUUUUUCUGAUGAUGAUGAAGAAGAAGAAGAAGAAGAAAGUCAAGAAGAAGAAGAUGAUGAUAAUGAUAAUGAUGAUAAAUAUUGUUAUUAUGAAGAAAAUAAUAAUGAUCAUUUAGUAGCUGACAUUAUUUGUGGUGGUGAAUCUCUUUUCUUCUUACCAAACGACAAUAAUAAUUGUUGUCGUUUUGAUCUUGAUCUUGUCACAAACGACAAUGUUAUUAUUGAUCAAAAUCAUCAUCAUCAUCAUCAAAAUAACCUCUCAUCAUCAUCAUCAGAAGAAUAUUUCAUCACCCCACAAGAGAGUUUAAUAGAAGAAAUUGAAGAAGAAGAAAAUCAACAAAAUUAUGUCACUGAAUUAUUAUCUAUACAUGAUACCGAUACAGAAUCUGAUCACAAUGAUACUGAUGAUCAUCAAUAUCAACAUCAAAAAGAUUCCAAAAAUAAUAAUAAAAUUGAAGCAUGGCCCAUCUCUCAUCAUGGGGAUGAUGAUGAGAAUAAGUUUAUUAGUUUUGGACCAAUAAGUAGUACUACAGCUUCUACUACUCCUCAAAUAUUAUUGGACAAUAAUAAUAAUAAAAUGUUACAAAUGAAAGGAAUAAUAAACGGUGGUGAUGAUGAUGAUGAUGAUGGUGAUGUGUAUGGAGAUUCUUGUACCGUUGGAUCAACAUCGAAGAGCUCAUCCGAAUGGAGAAGUUCGAUUAAUUAUAGAGAUUCGGGAACAGAUGAUCCUUUCUCUUCUUCUUCGAGAAGGAGUUGUCCUAAGUGGGAAUCUUACACUGUUUUUCAAAAAUAUGAUGAAGAAAUGAUCUUCUUUGACAAAAUCACUGCUCAAAAGCUCCAUGAAACAGAAUCAUUAAGGUCAAUCAAAGUGUCACCAAGAUCAGUAUCAGAGAGAAUUGUUCAUAGAAUAUCGAUGAUCAACAAAACUCCUAAGGACAUUCAUAGGAAUCCUUAUCAUGAACUCGAGGCCGCUUACGUGGCGCAAAUAUGUUUGACAUGGGAAGCUUUGAAUUGGAAUUACAAGAAAUUUCAAGAGAAAAGAAGAAUGAAGAGUAUUAAUAAUAAUGAAAGGAGGAACAUGAAUAUAAAUAGUGAUGAUGAGUAUGAUAUAGGUUGCCCUGGUCAAAUAGCUCAACAAUUUCAACAAUUUCAAGUUCUUUUACAACGUUAUAUUGAGAAUGAGCCUUAUGAAAAUGGAAGAAGACCUGAGAUUUAUGCUAGGAUGAGGCUUUUAGCUCCUAAAUUGCUUCAAGUCCCUGAAUACAGAGAUUCAUUGGAUGACCAAAGGGAUGAUGAAGGUGGGGGGUCGAGGAUCUCUUCCCCAACAUUUCUUAUCAUAAUGGAGGAUUGCAUCCACACUUUCAUGAAUUUUCUCAAGGCCGACAAAGAAAACACUUGCCAAAUUAUAACAUCUUUGUUUAGAAGAAAACGAAGAAGAGGCUCAGUCGAUCCUACACUUCUCCAACUCAUUAAGAAAGUCAAUCAAAAAAAGAAGAUGAAGCUUAAAGAUCUUCGCCGAGCUCGAAAAUGCUUAAGAAGAAGAAGGUUGAAAGUUGAUGAAGGGAUGGAGAUAGUAAUGGGUUUAAUAGACCUCAAAGUGGUUUCUAGGGUUUUGAGAAUGAAAGUGAUAAGUGAAGAGCAAAUGCAUUGGUGUGAAGAGAAAAUGAGCAAAGUGAAAAUUUUGGAUGGAAAACUCCAAAGAGAUUCUUCAACACUUUUUUUCCCAUCACAUUGACUGACCCCACCAAAGAAAUAUAUGUUUUGCUUAAUUAAAUUAAUUAAUUAAUUAUUUGCCAAAAAUAUUAAAUAAAAUAUUGACUGCACAAAAUUGAAUAUUCUACUAUACAUUAGGGCACUUGUUUAUUUUUGUAAAUAUUAAUAUAUUUAGUGUUACAUGCUC